AUAUCCUCCUGCAUAUCUGAUUUCACCCAUUCCGCACAACCCUACCCAGAUCUCCAUGCCUUCACGUUCCAGGCUUCGAAAUCUCUAGCCUACUCGCUUCUCUUCUAUCACAGAUCCCUGUUUGUCGGUUUAAACGAAACUUAGAUCACGGCGGACUGUUAUCUGUUCCCUCCAGAGAAAAAAAGGUUUUCUGAUUAAAAUAAUCUGCUUCCUGUGAAAAAAGGAAGCUACAGAGUUUCCAUGGCUCAUUUUGCCAUAGCCCACUGCAACAUGAACUCUUUCCCAGCAACCAAAACCUUUGUUAGAAGUACUGGUUCAUGUUCUGCAAUCUGCCGCUACUCUCUUCCAUUCCAAAUUGACAGUUGUUCAAGAAAGAUCCUUAGGUCCCGUAAAGUUAGGCAACAAAAUCUAUCAAUUGUACGAGCUACUGCUGCCCCCAUGAACCAAGAAGUUGAGAAAAGUUUGUUGUCUGGGUCCCUUCAAAGUGAUCCAUUCUCCAAAUCCAAAAAGGUUAUGAUUAUUGGUGGAGAUGGUUAUUGUGGUUGGGCAACUGCCCUGCACCUCUCAAAUAAAGGUUAUGAGGUUGCUAUAGUUGAUAAUCUUGUCCGUCGCCUAUUUGAUCACCAGCUUGGUAUUGACUCCCUUACACCGAUAUCUUCCAUCCAGAAUCGUAUUCAACGUUGGAAAUCAAUCACAGGCAAAAACAUCCAACUCUAUAUUGGUGAUAUAUGUGAGUUUGAGUUCCUUGCUGAAGCUUUUAAAGCUUUUGAACCUGAAUCUGUUGUUCAUUUUGGUGAGCAAAGAUCUGCACCUUAUUCUAUGAUUGACCGGUCGAGAGCUGUGUAUACACAACAUAACAAUGUGAUUGGAACUCUUAAUGUUCUCUUUGCUAUCAAGGAAUUUAGCCCGGAGUGUCAUCUAGUAAAGCUUGGGACAAUGGGAGAAUAUGGAACUCCUAAUAUCGAUAUUGAGGAAGGUUAUAUUACCAUAACUCACAAUGGAAGAACUGACACAUUACCUUAUCCCAAGCAAGCCAGCUCCUUUUACCAUCUAAGCAAGGUGCAUGAUUCUCAUAAUAUAGCUUUUACUUGCAAGGCUUGGGGGAUCCAGGCUACAGAUUUGAACCAAGGCGUUGUUUAUGGAGUUCGAACGGAUGAAACUGAGAUGCACGAAGAGCUAUACAACAGAUUCGAUUAUGAUGGGGUGUUCGGGACAGCACUGAAUCGGUUUUGUGUACAAGCCGCAGUGGGACACCCUCUUACUGUAUAUGGCAAGGGUGGUCAGACACGAGGAUAUCUGGAUAUCAGGGACACAGUACAGUGUGUUGAAUUGGCGAUUGCAAAUCCAGCCAAGCAAGGUGAAUUCCGAGUGUUUAACCAGUUCACUGAGCAAUUCUCGGUCAACGAUCUUGCCAACUUGGUCACAACUGUGGGAAAGAAGCUGGGACUGGAUGUGCAGACAAUGAAUGUACCAAACCCUCGGGUGGAGGCAGAAGAACACUACUACAAUGCCAAGCACACUAAGCUGAUUGAGCUAGGCCUUCAGCCGCACUUGCUUUCUGAUUCACUUUUGGAUUCAUUGCUAAACUUUGCCAUUAAAUAUAAGGAUCGAGUCGACACAACUCAGAUAAUGCCCACUGUUUCAUGGAAGAAGAUUGGAGUGAAACCACAGUCAGUUACAUCAAGAUAGUUGAGUUGGCUAAAGAAAUCUAAUGUAAUAUCAACACAGAAUCUGUAUUGCUGUGUGACAUCAUCCUUGCUUCUGGGAAAAACUAACCACAAGAUCGAUCGGUUUGUAGGCUUGUUGUAAUUGUUUCUCCUAGUUGUCUUAUGGCUUAGCAUUAUUCUUCCCAAAAUAAAUAGUGCUUGUUCGACACUGGACAUUGCAAAUUGUAAUCAAGAAAUUUGAUAACUUGCAAAGACA